UUUAACCUAAGAGCUCUUUCCUUAUUCCAAAAUGCUGAGAUAUUGGGGAGAGAUACCAAUAUCAUCAAGCCAGACCAACAGAAGUUCCUUUGAUUUGCUCCCAAGGGAGUUCCGUCUGGUGGAAGUUCAUGACCCGCCACUGCACCAGCCCUCAGCCAACAAGCCCAAGCCCCCCACUAUGCUGGACAUCCCAUCAGAGCCCUGCAGCCUCACCAUCCACACCAUUCAGUUGAUCCAGCACAACCGACGUCUUCGCAGCCUUAUUGCCACCGCUCAGGCCCAGAAUCAGCAGCAGACAGAGGGAGUAAAGACUGAGGAAAGUGAACCUCUGCCCUCCUGCCCUGGGUCACCUCCACUCCCUGAUGACCUCCUGCCUUUAGACUGUAAGAAUCCCAGUGCACCAUUCCAGAUCCGGCACAGUGACCCGGAGAGUGACUUUUAUCGUGGGAAAGGGGAACCUGUGACUGAACUCAGCUGGCACUCCUGUCGGCAGCUUCUCUACCAGGCAGUGGCCACAAUCCUGGCCCAUGCAGGCUUUGAGUGUGCUAAUGAAAGUGUCCUGGAGACCCUAACUGACGUGGCUCAUGAGUACUGCCUGAAGUUCACCAAGUUGCUACGCUUUGCUGUGGAUCGGGAGGCACGGCUGGGACAGACGCCCUUCCCCGAUGUAAUGGAGCAGGUAUUCCAUGAAGUGGGCAUUGGCAGUGUGCUCUCCCUCCAGAAGUUCUGGCAGCACCGCAUCAAGGACUAUCACAGUUACAUGCUACAGAUUAGUAAGCAACUCUCAGAAGAAUAUGAAAGGAUCGUCAAUCCUGAGAAGGCCACAGAGGACACCAAACCUGUGAAGAUCAAGGAGGAACCUGUGAGCGACAUCCCUUUCCCCGUCAGUGAAGAACUGGAGGCUGACCUUGCUUCUGGAGACCAGUCACUGCCCAUGGGUGUCCUCGGGGCUCAGAGCGAGCGCUUCCCUUCCAACCUGGAGGUCGAAGCUUCACCACAGGCUUCCAGUGCAGAAGUAAAUGCUUCUCCUCUUUGGAAUCUGGCCCAUGUGAAAAUGGAGCCUCAAGAAAGUGAAGAAGGCAACGUCUCUGGGCACGGUGUGCUGGGCAGCGAUGUCUUCGAGGAGCCCAUGUCAGGCAUGAGCGAAGCUGGGAUCCCUCAGAGCCCUGAUGACUCAGACAGCAGCUAUGGUUCCCACUCCACCGAUAGCCUCAUGGGGUCCUCCCCUGUUUUCAACCAGCGCUGCAGGAAGAGGAUGAGGAAGAUAUAAAAGGAAAGGAGGGAGAUUUUCUGUCCAAACCCAGGAGAAAAUCUUGAUGUAUGAGAAUUUGUUUCCAUAAACAGUGACAUGAGUCAUUUUUAAACACAGUUUCCUAAUUUCAGAGGACUUGGGCUUAACCAAGUUGCAUUUUACUUUUCAAUCCAGUCUUUAUAGUUUUCCACAGCAACCAAGCCACUGUUCACAGAUGGAACGCGGUGUUAGCACGGUAAUCAUUGUCGUGUGUGAUUAGACGUGCUACUUUCCUACAGCCAUUUCUUGGACGACUGAGAAUUGUACUGCUUUGGCUCACUUUGCAGAGAUGUGGGGAUUCAGAUGGUCCAAAUGUCAAAGCUUGUACUUGAAUAAGUGACUCACAAAUAAAUAUAUGCUGAUAUUAACUUGA